AUGGAGAAUAAUAUUCUCAGACCCCAGCUCUAUGUAUUGAGUAUUCGUCAGUUUCGUUUACACACGACGGCGCUGCCUGGCAGAGGGGUCCGUCAUCGUCAUGUAAGCACAUAUAUACAUACACAAAAUAUAACCGAUGUCGGCCAUUUUCGAGCCGUGAUCCGGCACGUGUACAACGGACAGGGCGUACUCGGAUUUUGGCGUGGCAACGGGCUGAACUUGCUCAAGUCGUCUCCCGAGUUCGCUAUCAAGUUUAGCGUGUACGACUAUACGAAAAGACAGCUGAAGGCAUCCCGGGAUGACGGCCACUUGAACGCCAUCGAUAGAUUCGUUGCCGGUUCGACGGCUGGUGUGGUCGGCCAGACGUUCCUGUACCCUCUCGAUACUGUAAAAACGCGUCUCGUUGUUGGCAAAUACACAAAUACCAUGGACGUGGUGAUCAAAACUUACAAAAGUGGAGGCGUGUGGGCAUUCUUUAAAGGUUUUUGGCCCGGUACGCUAAGCAUUUUCUUGUUCGCCGGCAUUGAUCUUACGACUUACGAGCAUAUCAAGGAAAAUUAUUCCCACUUUCGCGAGAAGGACGACUGCCCGAGGUGGGUAGUUAACUUUUACUCAGCAUUUAUCUCGAAUGCCGUGGGCGUAGUGAUAUGUUAUCCGAUAUCUACGGUCAUCACUAGACUACAAGUCGACGACGGUGGCUCGAACGGAACAACGGUAGAGUCGGAAAAAUGGAACCGGCGGCGGCUGUUUCCGGCCAAGAACUUCCGCAGCGGCCUCCUCCUUUACAGAGGAAUCACCGGCAGUAUCGUUAAAAUGCUGCCCUGCACGUCCAUAGGCUACGUGAUCUACGAAGAGCUGUGCAAGUCGUUCGGCGUGCAAAUGUCGUGAAACGUUAACAUCAUAUUAUUAUAGUUUUCGAUACGAUAUGAUUAUAUGGGACCGCACAAGCUGCACUACACUCUCACGUUUCUGCGAACAUUAUUAUACGCAUUCGUCGUACAUUAUUUCGAACCCAUGUGAUACAUUAGCAGGUGCCUAUUAAAUACAAACUGUAUACACGCACACAAUCAAACAUAAUAAUAUGUAGUAUAUCGGGCGAUUCAUUAUCGUCAGAAACUCAUUAUUUCAAAAAGGUUCUGAAAAAAUAUUUUUAUAAGGUUUUUAUUUUCAAUUGUUAAAAUUUUUUUUUAAACAUAUUUUUCAUCCUUAAUAUUUCUUAAGGGUUUUACUUUUUUGAAUGACAACAUACAGUUUGCAUGAAACUCCAAAGAAGAAUAUUUUUCUUGGCAUUACAUAAAGGAUACAUAAAAAUCUAAUUUCGGACUAGUAGUUUAUGACUUAUGAGUUAUAAGUAUUUAAAGUUUAGAUUACCUUAGUUGAACGUUACGUGGUUACCCCGCAAAAUGUUUUUCCACUACUCCUCUCAUUCCGAUUUGAAUACAUCGAAAUUCUUAGAAAAAAAUCUGGUUUUGGAUAGCACAUUAAAACUGUAUGUUGUAUUCCAAAAAAAAGUUAAAAAUAUUUAAAAAUAUGGUUAGUUAAAACAAUGUUAUGUAACGACUUCAUAUCAUGUAAAAAUAAUAUUAUCAAAAACAUCAAUACUUUUUCAAUAAUGAGUUAUGACUUUUUUAGAAUGAAUGUCUUACUUUAAAUGAAUUAUCCUGUAUACUUGAUGGUAUAUAAGUACAAAUUGUAAUUAAAUAUUGUUUUGUUGCAGUUUUUUUUGCGUCACUAGCAUUUUCGACUGUCAUGUUCAUAUUAUAAUAUUGUGUAGGUAGUAAAUAUCUCUGUAUUAUUAAAUUUUUUUUUUUCAUUGAUCUGUAAAUACAACUCGGCAGCAACGGACAUUAGUUUAUAAAUGUUUAACAUAGCGCCAAUUAUGCGUGCACAUAUUCCUGCAGACACACAAACUUAAUAUAAAGUAUUAAGGUAUUUGUGUAUUUUUUAUAGCCCUCUGAGAAA